ACCACCAACCACAUUUUUUUUACCUUUAUUUUAUACAAAUGAUUCUGUAACCAAAAACAUUGAAAUCUUCACCCACCAUGGCUCGAUACCUUCUCUUCUUCUUCUUCCUCCUAAUUCUACUCCCUUACUACGCUUCUUGUUGCAGAGACGAACAAGAAAAGGACCGAAUCUAUCACCUUCCCGGUGAACCAAACGAUGUCUCUUUCUCUCACUUCUCUGGUUACAUCACCGUCAACGAGCCAGCAGGAAGAGCACUCUUCUACUGGCUCACUGAGUCACCACCGAGUCUAAACCCCGAGUCUAAGCCACUCGUCCUCUGGCUCAACGGUGGCCCUGGUUGCUCCUCCCUUGCUUACGGCGCUGCUGAAGAAAUCGGACCUUUUAGAAUCAAUCCUGAUGGCAAAACCCUUUACCACAAUCCUUACUCUUGGAACCAAUUGGCGAAUUUGCUGUUUCUUGAAUCUCCAGCUGGUGUUGGUUUCUCGUAUUCGAAUACCACUUCCGAUUUGUACACUGCCGGAGACAAGAGAACUGCUGAAGAUGCGUAUGUGUUUCUUGUGAAAUGGUUUGAGAGGUUUCCACAAUACAAGCAUAGAGAAUUCUACAUUGCCGGAGAAAGCUAUGCAGGUCAUUAUGUUCCUCAGUUGUCACAAAUUGUUUAUGAGAAACGCAAUCCAUUUAUCAACUUCAAAGGCUUCAUUGUGGGGAAUGCUGUGAUUGAUGACUAUCAUGAUUACGUGGGUUUAUUUGAGUAUUGGUGGACUCAUGGGUUGAUAUCUGAUCUCACUUACCACAACUUACGGAUCACAUGUGAAUUUGGAUCAUCCGAGCACCCGUCCCCUGAAUGCAAAAAGGUCAUGGAAGCUGCAGAUUUGGAGCAAGGGUCUAUUGAUCCCUAUAGCAUUUACACUAUCACUUGUAAGAAGGAGGCUGCAGCUCUUAGAUCUCGCUUCUCCAGGGUUCGUCAUCCAUGGAUGUGGAGAGCAUAUGACCCUUGCACAGAGAGAUACUCCGGCAUGUAUUUCAAUUCUCCGGAGGUUCAAAAGGCUAUGCAUGCUAAUAUAACGGGACUUGCUUAUUCAUGGAAAGGUUGCAGUGACAUUGUUGGAGAGAAGUGGGCAGAUUCUCCCCUAUCUAUGCUUCCAAUCUACAAGGAACUCAUCGCUGCAGGCCUCAGGAUAUGGGUUUUCAGCGGAGACACUGAUUCUGUGGUUCCCAUUACUGGAACACGAUACUCCAUUAGAGCCCUCAAGUUACAACCACUCUCUAAAUGGUAUCCUUGGAACGACAAUGGACAGGUUGGUGGGUGGAGCCAAGUUUACAAAGGGCUGACUCUGGUGACAAUACAUGGAGCAGGACAUGAGGUACCUCUUCACCGCCCUCGCCGAGGUUUUCUUCUUUUCCAGUCGUUUCUUGACAACAAGCCAUUGCCUAUGUAAAUUCAAGAAACUGUGAUAAAUAGCAGAGCAUUUGUGCAAGUGUAUAAAUAAGAAGUAAUGACAUCUUUUUCACAUUAUCAGCUCUACCAGUUCAUUGACAUUACUAACACACAACCCUUCAGGUUAUGUGUUUAAAUCCUAACAGAUGCUGAUAAUUUGCACUUUCAUGUCUUCUUA